CCUCUCUCCCGAGAGUGAAUGAGCCGGGCUUCGCUGGAGGUGAAGCUGCCGCGCAUGCGCAGUGAGGAGGCUCUGACCUUCAGCAGCCAGGGCCGGGCGGGCAGCUCGUGAAGAAGGCCGCAAAGAAGGAGGGAAGGAAGAAGGGCAAAGAUCCCGCCGCCUUCGGAGCCAUGAUGCUGUCCCGAGGAGCCGCCCUCGUCGGCGGAUGUGCCGCGGCCUUGACUCAGCCACAAUGGGUCCAAGUUAGGAAUAUGGCAACUUUGAAAGACAUUACCCGGCGCCUGAAGUCAAUCAAGAACAUUCAGAAAAUCACCAAGUCCAUGAAGAUGGUUUCAGCAGCAAAGUAUGCCAGAGCAGAAAGGGAGUUAAAGCCUGCCAGAGUUUAUGGUGUCGGAGCUUUGGCUCUCUAUGACAAAGCAGAAAUCAAGGCCGCUGAAGACAAAAAGAAGUACCUUAUCAUUGGGGUUUCCUCCGACCGUGGUCUGUGCGGUGCUAUCCACUCUUCUGUUGCUAAGAGUAUCAAGGCUCAUAUUGCCAACCUCACGGAUGCGGGUAAAGAAGUCAUGGUGGUUGGAGUAGGUGAUAAGCUGAGAACUCUCCUUCACAGGACGCAUGGCAAAAACUUCCUGUUCACCUUUAAAGAACUUGGAAGAAAGCCUCCCACCUUUGGAGAUGCAUCAAUAAUUGCCUUAGAGCUGCUGAAUUCUGGCUAUGAGUUUGAUGAAGGAUCUGUCAUCUAUAAUCGGUUCAGGUCUGUCAUUUCCUACAGGACAGAUGAGAAGCCAAUCUAUUCUCUUGACACCGUUUCUGGUUCUGAAAGCAUUAGUAUCUAUGAUGACAUUGAUGCAGAUGUCCUGCGAAACUAUCAGGAAUUCACAUUGGCAAACAUCAUUUUCUAUUCACUGAAGGAAUCUACCACAAGCGAACAAAGCGCUCGGAUGACUGCCAUGGACAAUGCAAGCAAAAAUGCCUCUGAGAUGAUUGACAAGCUGACUCUGACCUUCAAUCGCACCCGCCAAGCUGUCAUCACCAAGGAACUGAUUGAGAUCAUUUCUGGUGCUGCCGCUCUGAACUAAGGGCUAAUCAGAAAGUGAGUUUCAAGCAAAGUCCAACAGGUAAAGAGAAACUCUUCUGGCAGGUGGUUUGCCCCACUUCUAACCUAGAGAGGAGGAGGAGUCAACUCUUUGGCCCAUAAGUCUGUGAAAAAAAAUCAGAGAAUACCAACUGUUUAUAAAGUCUUUAUUUCAAUAAAAUCCUACAUGAAA